UAAUUUUUUUUUUACAUUUUUCUCCUUAUUUUUCGAUUUGAGUAGUGCGAAUAAAAGUAAGAAGAUAAAAUGAUAGAAAUUGUUGAAUUACGUCCUGAUCAAAAUUUAAUAAACUCGAAAUUUGAAAAAUAUCAAUUUUCCUCUGAUGAAAUUCCAAUAGCUUCUGAAAUAGAUUUGGAAGGAGACGUACUGAGAUUAGAAUUGACUGCAAAUCGAGAUUCUUUGUUGGAAACUCGAUUGUUUGCAUUUCAUAAUCAUUUAUUUAAAAAUCCAUACGACACAUCAUGUUGGUUUAUAGAUAACAAUUGGUUAAUUUGGCAAUUUAAAAUAGAUGGUACUUUGAAACGAAGGCACUCAAUACAUCAUUCCUGUGUGACUGUACAAAAUCAAUUAUACAAUGCAUCUAUUGGAUUUGGUAAUGAUAAUAUUGUUGCAAUCUCUGAUGGAGGAGAUUGUUUAAAAUUACUGGUAAUGGAUAAUGAAGAACAUAUUAAAAUGUUUACAUUAAGUGGUGCAGAGCCUGGAGUUAUAUUAGAUGUAAACUAUAUAAAUGACAAAUCAAUUGUUAUUAUUGCAAUGUGUAAUAUUAAAAGUACAGGUGAAAAAAAAUAUACAAAUCUUCUGUUAUUAGUAUAUGCUUGGAAAAAUGCAGGAGAUGCAAGCGAAUCAUUUGAGCUUAUACGGAAAAAAUCUUUAAAAACAAAAGGUGCCAUUGAAUAUGUACAUAUAGAAAAUAGUGGCAAAUAUUUACAUUCCAUUUGUCAAGAUUAUAUUACAUUUGAAUCACCAAAAGUACAAGAGUCUACCGAUAGUACGGAUUUACAAGCAUGUAAAGAAAAAAUUCCAAAAUAUUGCUGGUCCCAAGAUGAAGAUUCGUUAACAGUUUGGAUUAACGUCGAAAAAAACCAUCAAAACGUCAAAAUUGAUGUAACGCCGUUAAAACUGUCUGUAACAAUGAUGGAUAAUGUAUUGCUAGAAGGCCAAUUCCAACAUAGAUUAGAUGAAAAGUUAACAACAUGGAAAUAUGAACAAGAUAUAUGUAAACUAGAAUUGUUUAAACACGAAAGUGGAUUAAUGUGGAGCGAAUUAAUUAAAGGUGAUACAGAUGGAGAAUGUUUGCCUAAUGAAACAUUGGCCGCCGAAAUUCAUUCUAGGUUAGCUCAUUUGUGUACAGAUCAAGUAGACAAUAAACUGGAAAGUCAACCUUGUGUAGGGUUCAAUGCGGAACAGCUUGAAGAAUGUGACCUUGAAGGAAAAGAUAAUCUUUUGCAAAGAAUUAAUCUAGUCACUCAAGAAAAUACACAUUUGGCUAUGCUUGGAACAAGUAAUCAUGUGUUAUUUACGCACAAAACAAAAUCUGGUAAAGCGAUAUGUCUGAGACAUGACAACGAUGGUUGUUUAUGGAUUACCGGCCAAGGAAACGAUACUAAAUGGGAUAUACAACAUCAUUAUACUUUUCCUGGGUUUGGUUAUGUAGAAGCUAGCAAAAGUAAUAAAAAAUUCUGCGUUUCUCCGAUUAAUGGUUCGUAUGUAGCAAUACUGGAACACACAAGAUAUAUUUUUUUAUAUAGAAAACCUGAACUUAAUGUUCAAAUUGGAAAACAAUGGAUCGUAGAUUUAAGUACAGAAGCGUACCCAAUCAUGGGUGCCGCCGCUACAAAUGAAUAUUUAAUUGUACUUACUAAGAAUAAAUUAUAUCGUUUACAUAUUUGUUUAUAAAAUUACUUGUAUUCAUUUAUCAUGAUAGUUGUCUAUGCCUUUAUUAGAAUUAUAUAAUUCGUUUACAUACAGUACCAUAUGUAUUUACAAAUAUAUACAUUUACCUGUCUUAUUGUGUAUUGCAUUUUAAU